AUGGAGCCUCUCUUACCAAUGCUUGACAGCAACAGCAGUGUUCCUGUUACCACAUUAGCAGAUAAUAACACUGCAGACAUUCAGGAAGAGUGUGAUCCAGUGACACCUGAUACCACAGUUGUUGAUGGGGACCUUGUGAAUAGAGAAUUGGCUGUUCAAAGAGAAACAAUCUUUCAGGAUGCAGGUCUUUCCUUGGAGCGAUUCCCUCAGUCUUCUGAUGGGGAAGAUCUGAUUGAUAAGCUCUUGGCAGAUGAAAUGGAGAAGCUGUCGGUUGAAGAAAAGGAGCGUACCACGUUUGACAUCCAUGGGAUGGCCCAUGAAUCUAACGAUCCUGAGAACAUAGAUGAGCUGCUUGAGCAAUUGGAGCAGGAAAUUCGAAAGAUACCCAACCGAAAAGCGUAUGAAAAAGCCAAGUAUUUGAAUGAAGAAUAUGUAACAGGUCGGGAGUUUCGGCUCAUGUUUCUUCGCUGCGAUAAGUUUGAUGUCCAGGCGUCGGCACAAAGAAUAGUAACACAUUUGGAGAACAAGAUGGAUAUUUUUGGCGGUGGACCUGCCUUGGCCCGAAAGCUGCGUAUGAGUGAUCUCAAUAAAGAUGAUGUGAAGUCCCUCAAAUCAGGGGCCUGGCAGCUCUUGCCUGGGUGCGAUGCUGCCGGCCGUCUGGUCUUGGCAUUAUCACCUACUUGUAUAGACGGAUCUCUGGCUGUGGAAUGCCAUCAACGUGCCAUUGUGCUUUUCAUAAUGUCCAUUCUCCAAACUGAGAUGGCACAAAAGAAGGGCAUUGUUAUUGUGAUGUGGUGGUCAGGGCAAUCUCUGCUACAAGUACAACAAAGCAUAUUCACCCAAGCACAGCUAAUGAAGAAACUCAGGCCUGGGAUCCCUCGCAAGGUGGCUGGUGUCCAUAUCCUGCUCAGCCAAAAAUUUCUACGUCCGUUGGUUGGUGGCAUUCAUUGGUUUCUCCACGAGGAACUGAGGGCUCGAAUCCGAGUUCACUUUGGGGACUUUGAAGAGCUCAAGUUUGCAUUGCAGACCUUUGGAAUCCCAACUGAUCGUUUCCCAUUCCGUCCAAAAAAUGAACCCAUUGAGAUGGAGCACCAUCUUCAAUGUAUUCAGAGCUGGAGCAAGCAGGAAGAAAAAGGCAACACAAGCAUCGAUAUAAUAAUUCCCCGUCGAUUUGAUGUCCUGUUUGGACGAGGACUUCAUACAAGGAAUCACACCGGCAACCUUAGAGCUGCACAUAUCGCUGACAUGUUUCGAGACAAGUAUGAGGCUGCGGGAAAGUAUGAAAAGACAGCAAUUGCUGAACGGAUUGUCACAAUUAUCCGAGAAUCACACGGCCGUUUUUUGAAAUGGGAAGAUGAUGCAUGGGAAAGAGUGGACCAAGAAGCCGCACGGAACAAGAUUUCCCACUUUUUUCGGAACACACGGAACACAGGUUGCCCCAGCAAAAGCAAGGCAUCCCCAUCUGAUGGCUCUACCAGUGGUGGAGAGACCAGCUCAGACGGAGAUUCGUUGGCUUCAGCUUUGUCCAAGCGGGCGCAAUCAGAUUCAAUGCAACAAUCGCCACAGCGAAUUCAGAAACGGUACCAACGGGAUAGCUAG